GCGUUUUUAGUAUUAUUUUUUAUUCCACGCGUCGGCAGUUUUGGAGCUCGGUCGAAAAGCGCAGCGUCGAAAAAUGCAUGCACUCCUCUGCUGUGUGUUCCUCUUGAUGCUGCAUGUCGGCCACGCUAUCGAAUUGAUCAACGUCCGCCGAACAACAGGCCCCGCCCCCGACCGCCCAGUGGAGAUCAGCUGGGGCACCAAUGAGACGCACAUCGAAGUACAGCUGUCUUAUCCGACACAGGGAUGGCUGGCCAUGGGAUUAUCACCCGAAGGCGGCAUGGACCAAUCGGAUGUACUGUUCGGAUACGUCGACGAUCUGACCAAUGAAGUUAUCGUUCAGGAUCGCUAUUUACAAGCCAAUUUGCUGAAAAUGUCGGUGAACUUAAGUCUGGACGAGCAGCAAGACUGGCAAAAGAUAGCCGGUUCCAAAAACGGCACAUACACCGUGAUCCGCGCCGUGCGUCUUCUGAAGACCUGCGACAAAGCCGAUCACCCUUUUCGUGAUGCUCUGCAGCAUGUCAUCUACAGCCUGCAUACCAAACCGCCAACCACUCCCACUGCGCACAUCACUAAACAUACGUUCAAAUAUUCGACAAAUAUCAACUUUGUGGGCGCCAGUAGCACAGCGGAAGGCGAUCGGACACCGGACGGGAAGAGCGCUUUACAGCUAGAUGGAGCGGGGAGCAAAAAGCUACAGUUCACUAUCGGCAAUGUUUCAAUUACGGGCGAUUUGGAUACGGUGUACUACUGUGCAGUACAGAAAGUGCCGACGCUGGAUAAAAAAUAUCACGCUAUUGCGACCCAACCGUUGCUGGACAAGGAAAAUUUGCCCUACAUCCAUCACAUGCUGGUAUAUUCGUGCAAUGAUAUUCCUAAAGAUGAACCGGAACUGAUCAAGGGCAAAUUUCCCUGCAGUCCCACUGAUGGUUCGACGUUCAUGAUGAAGUACUGCCCUAACCUACUGGGUGCCUGGGCCAUGGGACAGGCUGACGUUAAUCCGUAUCCCAAAGAAACCGGCCAACCGUGGGGACCGGAAAUGUCGGGGAAAUAUGUGCUUGUACAGUUGCAUUACAACAACCCGGAACGCCGAUCAUUCGUUGACAAUUCGGGAAUGAUCUACCAUUUAAGCGAUCAACUGCGCCAGUACGAUAUGGGAACACUGAUGACCGGCUUGCUUGGAUUAGACUUUACUAUGACGUUGCCUCCAGGACAGAAAGUCUUUACUGUCCAAGGACAAUGCGUGAAUAAUUGUACCGAAUUGUUUCCCAAAGAAGGCAUCACAAUUUUCUCCAGCGUUAUUCACAUGCAUACAAGAGGUCUGAGUGGCGUGGUACGGCACUUCCGCGGCUCCAAAGAACUGCCACUCAUUGACGCUAACCUGAAGUAUGAUUUCAACCUCCAAGCAACGCGGCCUGUCAUGCCGUUCAGGAAAUUUCUUCCUGGUGAUCGGAUUGUGGUAGAAUGCAAUUUUACCACGGAGAACGAUAUUCAGCCCGUAUUUGGCGGAGAGGGUUCUAUGGAGGAAAUGUGCUUAGCCUUCCUCAAUUACUAUCCUAAAUCCGCGCUAAAGGUCUGUGGAACGCGAUUUCGUGUUCCGGAUUAUUUGGCCUUGAUGUCGCAGCCCCGCCCCAACCAAUCGGCGUUUCGACCAAAACUGACGCCGGAAAUGGCGAAUAUUCUCAUGAGCGGUACCAGUGAUCUGAUGCCAGCACGCCGCCUUAUGGUCAAACACCUGCAGCCGCAGGCGCAAAAGUAUUUCAGUAGCCGCACGUGGAGCGAAGCCGACGUCAAACCGCUGCAAGAUUUCUUCACCAAAGGCGCUAACUACCUGGGUAUCUGCAAUGUACAGGGGAUUCUGACACCGAUUCCUAAUGACAAUCCGCCGGUGUUUGAGCCGAUGGGUUGCAAAAGACACCGAUACAUGCGAAUAAGGGCACUUUAGUGAGUUGAGAUCAGCAUGAACGCUCAUUUGACGGGUAUAUUGAAUCAAGCACAUUGUAUGGCUUUCAUCGAAGAAUGCAUCAUAUUUUUGUAACGUUUUAAGAACAACAUUUAAAUAGCGUGACUUCUUCCUUGUAAGCGCGUUUAAAGUUUUCACAUAUCCAGUAGACUACAAGUGGGCCACAAAUUCACAACUCACCUUUUCCGAGUCACAGACAUAUACCGUG